AUAAAAUUAUUAAGUGUGAUCGGCCCCCCCAUGAUUCCUGUGCUGUAAAGUACUAACGAUAUUAAUCGUAAAGGGGAGGCAGUCUGGACGUACGAAACUGGAAACUCCCGAAAUCUCUCCUACUUUUAGUUUCUGGUUGCCUUUGUGGGAUCUUUAUCAUCUGCUGGCUUCUGUUGAUUCCCAUGUGGGCAACCCACCGAUCUCGAUUCUUGAUUCUCUCCCUGUUAAUUUGAGAGAAUACAAAGAAAUCCAGGCAGAUGGAUUCAUCCCAAGAGCACCCCACUAGCUGCUGCAUUACCAAGGAGACAGGAGGAGCUCUUCACAGAGUCUUGUGUAUGCAAGGCGGAGACGACGAUAGUAGCUAUGCAAAAAACUCAGAAGCGCCUGCAUCUGCUAUCAGCUUAUGUAGACCUUUGCUUUUAAAAGCUAUUCAAUCCAUGAAAGUUUUCUUCAGUAACAAGGACGAAGCUGAGUCUCUAAGGAUUGCAGACUUGGGUUGUGCAACUGGGUACAAUACUUUAGCUACAAUAGAUAUGGUGGUGGAUGCUUUGAGACAGCAAUACAUUAACCAUUGCGGAUUUGAGCCUGAAUUCGAGGCCUUCUUUUCUGAUCUCCCUUCCAAUGAUUUCAACUCUUUGUUUAGAUCAUUGAGCAACAUUGCUGACAAGAAAACGAAGCAGUACUACGCUGCUGGGGUGCCUGGAUCUUUUUACACUCGUCUCUUUCCUAGAGGGAAGCUUCACGUCGCCGUUAGCUUAAGUGCCUUACACUGGCUUUCUCAGAUACCGGACGCUGUUUUGGAGAAAACAUCAGCAGCCUGGAACAAAGGAAGAGUGUGGAUUGAUGGAGCAAAAAAGGAAGUAGUGGAAGCAUAUGCGAAACAAUCUGAGAAAGACUUGGAGGAUUUCUUGAGCUGCAGGAAAGAAGAAAUGGUGCAAGGAGGAAUGCUGUUUUUGCUGAUGGGAGGGAGGCCUGCGUCUCAGCAGCCUGAGAACCAGCUGGGCGAUCCAGACUCCAGAGCCAAGCAUCCCUUCACCACUUCCCUGGAUCAAGCUUGGCAAGAUUUAAUAAACGAAGGCUUGAUCGACGAGGAGACGAGAGAUGGGUUCAACAUUCCGGCGUACAUGAGGAGCAUGGCGGAGGUGGAGAGGGCAAUAAAGAGAUGCGGUGGGUUUGAGAUAGAAAGAAUGGAAUAUAGCAGAAUAGUGGAGCAUUCAUUGGAGAAGCAAAAGCAAUGGAUGAGGGAUCCCAUUUCCUACGGCAGAGCCAAAGCCAACUUAGUACGUGCCACCCUAGGGCCCAUUGCUGAGGCCCACCUUGGUCCCUAUCUCUCUCAUCAACUCUUCAUCCGCUUCCAAAAUCGGGUUUCUUCUGAUAUUGCUCUUCUCCAUAAAACCUGUUAUUAUGGUGUUAUUGUUGUGUGUGCCAUCCGAACGUGACACGUACUAUAAUGCACAAAAGUUUCAUCCA